UUGUUCGAUGUUAUGGUUUAACGCAAAAUCCAUCAAAUGGAAAUUAUAUGCUUGUAAUGAAUAAAAUGGAUAUAAAUUUAAGAAAAUAUUUACAACAAAAUCAUAAUCAACUUACAUGGAAAGAUAGAAUUAAUAUUACUUAUGAAGUAAUACUUGCACUUAGUUAUAUUCAUGAUGAGAAAGCAAUUCAUAGAGAUUUACAUUCUGGAAAUAUAUUAUAUUCUCAAUUUAAUGAUCGGUGGUGUAUCAGUGAUCUUGGAUUUUGUGGACCUGCUGAUAAAUCUUCAACAAGUAUAUAUGGAAAUCUUCCUUACAUAGCACCCGAAGUUAUUGUUGGAAGAGAAUAUACUUUUGCAUCAGAUAUUUAUAGUAUUGCAAUUCUUAUGUGGGAAAUUUCAUCUGGACAAACACCAUUUAUAAAAUAUGAACAUGAAAAUGAUAUUGUAAUGAAUAUUAUUAACGGUAUAAGACCAAAAAUCGUGCCAAGAACUCCAUUAGAAUAUAAAAAUUUAAUGAAAGAAUGUUGGGAUGCUGAUCCAUUAAAAAGACCCAACGUUAAUGCACUUGAGAGAAAAAUGCAUAAAAUUAAUUUAGAAGAACAAGAAGUUAAUGAUUUUAAUAAAUCAAAUAAGCGAAAUAGCAAAUCAUCAAAAGUAAUUACUAUUUUUAGAGAUAGUAAUAAAAAAUUAUCUAAAUUAUUUAAAAAGUUGCAAAUAAAGUCAAAUAAUGAUGAAAAGGAAAUAACUCAACAACAUGACGAAGUAUAUAAUAAUCCAAAUCUUCAUUCAGAAGAACAAGAUGAACUGGAAAUUCCUGAUCGUAAGUUCUUAAAUAAAUUAAAUUUCUUUUUAAAGC